UUGUUCAUGGUGGACCUUUUGCAAACAUUGCACAUGGAAACUCAUCAAUCUUGGCUGAUAAAAUUGCUCUGAAACUAGUUGGACCUCAGGGACUUGUGGUCACCGAAGCAGGUUUUGGAGCAGAUAUUGGGAUGGAGAAAUUUUUCAAUAUCAAAUGUCGCUACUCUGGUCUCAAGCCUCAUGUUGUGGUCUUGGUUGCCACAGUUCGAGCACUUAAGAUGCAUGGAGGUGGUCCAACGGUCACCGCAGGCACGCCUCUGCCAAAAGAAUAUAUUGAAGAGAAUCUGGCACUGCUGGAAGCCGGCUGCAGUAACAUGAGGAAGCAAGUGGAGAACGCUCAGCUUUUUGGGGUUCCAGUAGUUGUGGCUGUCAAUGCUUUCAAUAUAGACACAAAGGCUGAACUGGAUCUGAUCUGUAAACUAGCCAAAGCAGCAGGAGCUUUUGAUGCUGUGCAUUGCUCUCACUGGGCUGCUGGUGGCACUGGUGCUGUAGAUCUGGCUAGAGCAGUGCAAAAAGCUGCAGACUUACCCAGCAGCUUCAAAUUUCUUUAUGACAUUGAGUUACCUAUUGUAGACAAGAUCAGAAUCAUUGCGCAGAAGAUCUAUGGUGCAGAUGACAUUGAACUUCUUCCAGAAGCCCAACACAAGGUGGACCUGUACAGCAAACAGGAAAACCACUUUUGGAGCAUUCUUGUGGCUCAGUGGUAG